AUUGUUGAGAAGUGCUUGAUAACAUUACAGAGUACUUUUAUAUCACGUUGUGAAUAAAACGAAAAGAUUUCACCAUUGUUUAUUGUAUAAAUACUAAGUUUUCCCUAACUUUUAAGUGAAUUUGGACAAAGUUAUGCUUUGCUAGUGUACAUAUUUUUAAAGGGUCAUAAUGGCUGACCAUCACAUAAGAGUAGCAGCUGAAACUCUUCUAGACAGUGUUUCUAAUCCACACUAUAGAACUUUAUGUAAGUUUUUUAUUUAUAAAAAAUUAAGUUAUAUGUAACUUAAAGUAUGUUCAGUGAGAGUUGAUAAAAUAAACAGGAUUCCUAAAUUCUUUACAAAUUGCAGCCUGCAAAUUAUUUUUGUUGAUAGAUAAUAAAAAAAGCCACUGAGUCAGUUCAUUCGCCCGACCUCAUGCUUAACAACAGCUGCACAUUGUACCACAAAACUUUAUGCUUGCGGUGAUAGUGACGCCCCAUCACACAUAUAAUAAUACUUAAGCUGUUGGUAUUGCCAGACAUUUUAAAAAUAUUUUUACAACUCUCGCUGAACAGACUUUAGUGAUGUAUGUGCUAUGUUGAAGUUGCAGCCUUUAUACAUCCCACUGCUAGGCAUAGGCCUCCUAUCAUCUCUGAGAGGGUUUCAGGGCAAGAAGAAUAUCAGCCGCGCUGCGCCAAUGCGUGUUGGCGAAGUUCAGGUCUCCAAAAUAUAUAUUUUUUCUUAUUUGUCAGAUAUGCAGGUUUCAUCACGAUAUUUUCCUUCACAGCUGAGGAAAGUAAAUCAGCACUUAAAAUUGCGAUUAACAAUUUAUUUAGUGCUGGUCUAACCCAAGUUGCUCACAUACUCUGUAAUUUACAACGAGUGUUUAGCACCUGAGUUACCAUGGCUCACAUUUCAGCUCAUCUUUCGAUCUUUUUACAGACAAAUAUGGAAUACUAGUAAAAUAUUAAAAGUGAUCAAAAGCAUACAGUUUCAUUUGCGAUUUAUUCUCUAGGUAGAGGAGAGGACCAUCACUUCGAAACUGUUAUGAAUUUGGAAAGGAUUGAUAUUUGACAAAUGAAAUUUUAUUUUCUCACGGCUAAGAAAUGAAUAUAUUACAAUACUUAACAUAUUUAAUUUGAAUGUUUCAGCUCAUUCACAAUCUGUAAAUCUAACAACAGAAGAGAUUUUGGCUGGUUACAGACCACAGGGAAGGAUGUCACCUGUGCGAAGAUUCUUUUGUUUAUUUGUCACAUUUGAUUUACUCUUCACAAGUUUGAUGUGGCUCAUUUGUGUUGUGAUGAAAGGCGAAACUAUAGUGCAAAUUUUUAACAGGGAGAUUGUCCAGUACAGUAUAAAAUUAUCGCUCUUCGACAUUGUGUUAGUUGCGAUGCUUAGGUUUUUAUUACUGAUUCUUUUCUAUGCAGUGCUAUAUAUUAGUAAUUGGAGCAUUAUUGCUGUAAGUAACUGUAACAUUCAUCUAGAAAUCAAUAUAAAAUAUACACACAUUGUUGCUGCCAAAAAGUGCCAGUAUUUUUUCAAUUUCUUUGUGUUCUGUUGAACCAUGUCAAAUUUACAUGACGGUUGGAUUUGAUCCUAGACAACUUCCGUGUACUAUCUGAGGAUAGCCUCUGCUGCGUUAUAUAUUUUUAUCCCACGUUAUAUAUUAAUAUUUAUAUGUAUCGAUAAUCCUAGCUAAAAUCGAUUUCAUUGAAUAUUUUAAAAAUAACUUCUAAUUCUGACUGUGUAGUGGCAGUAUUAGAAUAUCUAGUACCCUAUAAUUCAUUCUGUGGGUGUCGCAAAAGGCGACAGAGGGAAAACAUACCAGGAGACGGGCUGCAGCAUCUUCCUAAUAACAACUAAAUAUAAAAGAACUGCGGUUGCCAACCCGCCUGCCAAGCGUGGCGACUAUUGUAAAUAUUCCUUUCACAAGGUACACUACCCACCAGCGAUUUUUCCAGGCCGAUACAACUUAGGGACCUUUAAGAAAAAAACCUACUCUUUAUUAAAAGGCCGGCAACGCAUCUUCAAUUCCCCUGGUGUUGCAGUUGUUCAUGGGCGGUUGUAGUCACUUAUCAUCAGGUAAGCCGCAUGCUCAUUUGCCCUCUUAUAUAUAUAAAAAUUUUAGACAUCAGCGCCAUCUAGUUUAAAUAAGCAAGAGUUAUUGCCAGAGCUAAUGAUCACUUUUGCAAUUUCUCUUUUAUAUUUAGAAUUAUUAUCUAGGAUUAUAUAGAAAAUUCAUGUACAUUUUUUUCAAUAAUAUCAAAUCAGUCUUGACAUGUUAAUGUCAUAUUGUGGAAUGACUGUAAAUGUAGCUGUGUCAGAAAGAGAAACUUAACAUCUUGGCGGCUUUUGAAUCACCCGCAUAAGUUUUCGGUCUUAACAAUAUUGCUUAAUAUACCACUUUGUCUACAAGAUAUAUUAUUAUAAUUUAUCAUUACACAUGUUUGCAUGCAUAAUUUUUGAUCAGUUGCCUUAGAGGGCUAAGUAUACUACGAAACAAAACAAAAAAUCAAUAUCAAAAAAAGGUUCAUUAUGCAGUAAUAAUAGAUUUGCAAUACUUAUAUAGGAGUAUAGAGAUAUAAUUUUAAGUAUUAAUAUACUAAAAGUAGGAGACUUCGGUCUUCCUUAUUUGUUAUACAGUACAUUUAGUUACGAAUAACAUUUUUAGAAGAACAUAACAUUAAAAAUAGUUUGGCGGGAACUAGACCGUCGGCGGAUUGCUGCUCUGGUUUCUGUAUAAGUGGAUUUUGAUACGUAAAAGUAAUGCGAUUUCGUGUAUUAAAUGUCUGUGCAUGUGAACUACUAGUGGAAACGAUGAAACAAAUGUUUCUGAUGGUGAUGUGAACCUCAAGAUAAUGUGUCUUGAGAUACUCGUCAUCGACUGUCUGAUGGCACAAACUGCCACCAAAAUCUCCCAAAAACUUCGCGAUAUGACGCAUCAACAUGUCGUGAAGACGUUUUUAAAUAAAUUAUUAAAGUUUAAAUUACUCUACUAAGUUUAAAAUUCCAUUAC